AUGCCUGAUGGGUGGCAGUUUGUUAAGCGCAGCAGCGGCAGUAGCCUGAGCGUGAGUUACGGACCUAGCGUGGCGAUGUGCUUGCAAGGAGUCGACAUGGAUGAAGACCCCGGGUCGGGAAGCGGCUUCGUAGAACUCUUCGGCAACGCCACGAACGACACCAUCCUGGACCCGCACGGCAGCCCGCCGCUACCGCCGGAGAGUAUCGUCAUCCCGGUGAUUUUUGCCUUCAUCUUCUGUAUCGGCGUGGUGGGGAACGCUCUCGUCAUAGUCGUUCUCCUCCGGACUGGCCGCGAGUUGGAGAACACCACCAACAUCUUCAUCCUCAACCUCAGCAUCGCAGACCUGCUCUUCAUCGUCUUCUGCGUGCCCUUCCAGGCCGCCGUCUUCACUCUACCCGAGUGGAUCUUCGGACUCUUCAUGUGCAAACUCGUGCACUUCUUCCAGAAGGCCACCAUGCUGGCCUCCGCCUUCAACCUCAUGGCGAUGUCGGUGGACCGCUACAUGGCCAUCGUGCACCCGGUGGACUCCAUCGACGUGCGCAAGCCGGGGCUGGCCUGGGCGGUGGAGCUGGUCAUCUGGGUGCUGGCCAUGGGCGCGUCCGCACCACAGCUCGUCUACUUCAAGGUGAUCGACGGGCAGCACCAUAACGAUAUCGGGGACUUCUGUGUGGAGGAGUGGGACGACCUUGAGGCUCAGCGCCCGGUGUACCUGGCCGCGCUCUUCGUGCUGGGCUACAUCGUGCCUCUGGUCAUCAUCGCCAGCUGCUACACCCUGGUGGUCCGCCAGCUCAACGGCAUGUCCAAACACAGCCAGGCCAACCGCGCCAAGAGGAAGGUGACGAAGAUGCUGAUUGUGGUGGUGGUGGUGUUCGGAAUGUGCUGGCUGCCGCACCACAUCCUCAACAUGUGGGUGAUCUUCGGCAACUUCCCCUACACUCCGCCGACCUACGCCUUCAACCUGCUCGCCAUGUGCCUGGCGUACGUCAACUCCUGCGUCAACCCCAUCAUCUACGCGUUCUUGUCUUCGGAGUUCCGGCACGGGGUUGGGGAGCUGGCCUGCAGAUGA